UCGAAGUUCCUUCGUCCCUUCGUGUGUAUUGUGGUAGCUUAAUCGUGUCGAAAUGUUUGGUUGUUGCUGGUGUUGUUCUGCUUUACGUCCUCGAUAUAAAAGACUCGUUGACAAUAUUUUCCCGGUGAAUCCAGAGGAUGGCUUGGUCAAAAAUAAUAUGGAAAAGUUAACCUUUUAUUCAUUAAGUAGUCCUGAAAAACUAGAUAGGAUCGGAGAGUAUUUGUUUCAAAGGGCUUCCAGAGAUAUUUACAGGAGAAGAAAUGGAUUUGUUGUUAUUGCUAUGGAAGCCAUGGAUCAACUCUUAGUAGCAUGUCAUGCCAAAACUUUGAAUUUAUUUGUUGAAAGCUUCUUAAAAAUGGUACAAAAAUUAUUGGAAUCCACAGAUCCACAGUUACAAAUAUUGGCAACCCAAUCUUUUGUCCGAUUUGCCAACAUCGAACAAGAUACGCCGUCUUAUCACACACGUUACGAUUUCUUUGUAUCAAAGUACUCUGCAAUGUGCCACUCCAAUAACGAUGACUCUGCGAUCCGCAAACAAAUACGACUUGCUGGAAUUCAAGGAUUACAGGGUGUAGUAAGAAGAACGCUUUCGGAUGAUCUAGUGGAAAAUAUUUGGGAACCUGUUCAUAUGGAUAAAAUAGUUCCUUCGCUAUUGUAUAAUAUGCAAAAUUCCAGAUAUUCGAAUAAAGAAGAUGCAACACCAGAUAGUCCAACAGAAGAGCGAUCAGAUCCACCACAAUUUGCAGAAACUUGUAUGCGAGAACUUGUUGGACGAGCAUCGUUUGGUCACAUCCGAUGUGUUAUUAGGCCAGUAUUAAGACAUUUAGAUAAUCAUCAACUAUGGGUUCCUAAUUAUUUUGCAAUUCAUACAUUUAGGAUAAUUAUGUUUUCCAUUCAGUCUCAGUAUUCUUAUACAGUUGUGGAAGCAUUAAUGACUCAUCUUGACGACCACUCAAAGUCAUCUCCAAAAAUUCGAACAAAUAUCGCAGAUACUUUAUCUAAAAUUAUUUCAAUUGCAGCUGGUGAAAGUGUUGGUCCAUCUGUUUUGGAAAUAAUAAAUUCUUUACUAUCUCAUCUCCGAGUUAGUGUAACAAGAAACCAACCAUCCAGUAGCGAUGAACAAUUGUAUCAAGAAGCUCUGAUUAAUGCUCUAGGAGAAUUUGCAAAUCAUCUUCCAGACUAUCAGAAAAUAGAAAUCAUGAUGUUUAUUAUGAGUAAAGUUCCAUAUAGUCAACCAGAUCGUAUAGUUUCAGUUGGGAAAGCGGACGUAUUACUUCAAAGUAUUCUUUUAAAGUCUCUUUUAAAGGUUGGCACAAAGUAUCAAACUAUACAUUUGAACACAACAUUCCCGCCUAGCUUUUUAGAACCAUUAUUAAGAAUGUCACUCGCAGCAGAUGCUGAAAUGCGACUUUUGGUGCAAAAGAUUUUUCAUACUUUAAUUGACAGACAUCAGAACAUUACAAAACUUGCAAAACCUACAGUAAACAUAGCACCCCUUGAUCUAACUAUUGAUAAAGCAUCCAGACCGGAUGUGAUCUUUAUUCGGAAGCACGGCCCGGAAAUUUAUUUGGCAUUGUACGAAUCGUUAGAAUUAACAAGUAAUACAGUCGAGAACGUGGAAUCUAUAUAUACAACAUUGGCGUUACUUGCUGUGGAGUUAGCUUCAGAAGAAACGGUAUUGGAGUUGCUAAGACUAGUGCUGAGUCUUCAAGAUUUAGCUUUAACAAGUGGCCAAAUCAGUGUUUCGCUCAAAUUCAACCUGCACAGUAUUGUCAUCAGUUUACUGGUAUUGAUAUCGAAUGUUUGUAAUAUAACUUCACUCAUGGAUUAUGCGAACAAAAUUGUAGAGACACGACAGAAGGAAGCGCCACACCUGUUGCCAGAUUUACAGUCUCAAUAUGACACUGGUUUAUCCUCAAGAUUAGCACCAGGUUUAUUAGUUGAUCAAACUGUUUUAAGUGAAUGUUUGAAAGGAGCUGGUCUGGACAGUGGGAAGCUACAGCAAGGUUCUGGCUACAGUAGUACUUCUCUACAACAUCGACAUUCGUGGGUUGAGAGUGCUGGACGAAAUUCGUUAGCCGAUAUUAAUUCCGGUGGUACCGAAUUGGACAGCGGUGGCUCAUCUCCUGGUGUUCAAAAGAAAUUACCGGGAGAAGAGUUGACAUUUGAAAGUAUGAAACGAAUUCUAACAGAAAAUAAUAAUAACCACGUGAUGGAAGAAGAAAAGCGAUUGCAAUUAUCACACUUCUUCAGAAACGCUCCAUUCCAAGAUUUGGUGUCAAAGACUCAACCAAAGCAUGUUGUUCUCCAAAGUAAAUUAUCAGAAAUAUUUAACACGUUAGCCGUCGAUCCACGAAAUACUUCUCAACCAGGCGGACCACCAACAGAUACCAAACCCAGUCAAGCGCCAGCUUAUGAAAUACAUUUCCCGGAAUUGUUUGUUUAUUAG